AUGAUUGCCCAAGUUAAGAUGAGUAAUAUUUUAACUAAUUACUCUGAAUUGACAUUCCUAAGAGUGUUAAGAGUUUGCCAUUUGCGUUGUGCUUGCUGCAGUUCUUAAACUGUGGUCGGAUAUUUAAGCGGCCGUCAUGUUACUGAGCAUUUUUUAAUCUUUCUGCCAGAAAUUAUUGCGCCCACACAGCACUUAUUUAUAGUAAGCCAUUGACGGCUGAUUGUGAAAGAGCCUAUUUUGUUGUAGUUGUAAUAACAUUGACAUUUAAUAGUGUUCAGGAACAGUGAAGUGAAUAGUGUAAUUAUUAUAGUUCUGACGCUAACAGAAUAAAAGUAAAUUGAGAAUAUUUACCAUCCUUUCCUGCCUUCUACCGAGAGUGUGUUCGUCCACCUGCUGUUUAUGAACUGAAGACUGAAAGUUUACGCCUCACUGUAGCCUACACAACGUCUUGACACGACACAACGUCACUGUCGUCACGCGAGACGUGGCAAGACGUUUUCAGCCCUGACGUGUCCCCCUACAGCGCUACGUCAACGUACGCGUCGUCCCCGGAUUUGGGGGACCGGGUUGGCAGGUGCAAGGGAAGCUCAAAAGACUCGCUGAGUCUUGCAUCCCCAACUGAUCAUCCCCGUCUUUCAUCCCCUACUAAUCUAUAUAGGGGAUUGAAUCUGAUCUGGUUGUGAUUGAUGGGAAUGUCAAACCCGAGAACUUGUCGAACAGUGCAGAACUUACGGCCAUCGUGAUAUCACACGUACCUACGACCAUCUUAGAUCAUAAGUACUCACGGCUAUCUCAUAUUUCAUACAAACUUUAUACAGCUAUAGGACAUACGUAGCUCGUAUCUUAGACCACACGUACAUACCACCCUCUUAGGCAAUACGAAACCUGUAUCUUAGGCGCUUCGUAGCACGUAACUUAGUCAUUCGUAGCACAUAUCUUGGCCAAACAUUGCUCGUAUUUUAAGCCACACGUAGCUCGUAACAUAGGCCAUACGUAGCUCGUAUUUUCAGCCAUACGUAGUUCGUAACUUAGGCCAUACGUAGCACGUAUUUUAAACCAUACAUAGCUCAUAUUUUAAGAUAUACGUAGCUCGUAUCCAAGACACGUACCAAGCAUGACAUGCCAACAAGCCCCGGACCUGACGCUCUCGCCAUGCCGGCGAGCUGCGAUCUUCAUGGUAGGGGCGCUGGAGGUCCUGCUGUUUGGAGGAGCCGUGUUCGGGUGGCCGCAGCUUGUCCACCUCCUGAAGAUGGACAGCGUUUUCGCUGAUCUUUGCAACGACGUCAACACGGCCGCAGGGCCUGGUAUCAACAAAUACGAGGCUGUGCCGCAAGGCGAAAUAUUCAACAACAGCCGCUGCAUGGCGCUAAAUGCGACACCCGUCUUCUUGCCGGGACACAAGGUGGGGGUCGAGCAAUGCGCCCCCCAAGAUGAGAUGUUCGCGCUGAUCUUCACGCUGGCGGUUGGGUGCUACGGUAUACCGAGCUUCCUGGUGGGCUUCCUGCUGCAUCACGCCGGCCUCUGGCCCACCAGGAUCUCUGCAGGGGCGAUGCUGUGUGUGGGCUUCAUAUUUCUGGGCAUCACGACCAAAGAGUCGCCGUACUGGCUGUUCCCAGCCAUGAUGCUGCUGGCGCUAGGAGGCAACCAGCUGCGCAUGAGCGGCUUGCAGUUCGCUGACAUGUUCCCUGCACACAAAGCCACCGCCCUCACACUCCUAGCCAGCAUGUUCAGCACCUCCGCCUCCCUCUUCCUCGUGUUCCAGCUUGCAGAACGGUACCACAUAGAGCGCAGCAUCAUAUGUUGGUGUCUGGCUGGACUGUCAACAUUCGUGCUGUGGAUGACAUUCAUCAUGCCACCACACCACAUUCCUUGCCACGACGACUACGACAAAUCAGGCGUCGGUGAGCACGACGAACUCACGCUCUCCUACAGCUACAACACAGGAGGGGUGGCGGUGAAGGAGGUGCAGGAGCUGUCCCUCCUGAGGGCCCUGGUGACGCUGUCGUCCAUCCUGCUGCAGGUGUGGCUAACUGCCAACCUCCUCGCUGUUAAUAUCUACCAGCUCACCUACAACUACUGGAUCACUAUCGUGUCGUGCACCACGGACGAGGCCGAGCUCUUCUCGAUCCUGUACAGCUGCGUGAACUUCAUUUCGGUGUUCGUUGACCUUCUGGAGAUCCGGUCGACCAUCUUCCCGCUGGCGUUCACCACCGUGUGCACGUUCUGCAUGUACCUGCUCCUGCUGUUCUUCCACCCUGUGGGGGUCUACUGCUCCCUCGUCUUCAUGGCCCUCACACGUCCUUGCGUCGUCGCCGUCGCCACCGCUUUCGUCAGGAUAAG